AUGUUGUCGAACACAGAGCGGGUGGCGCUGCUGCAGAAGGCCGUUCAAACUCACAAGGAAAACACGCUUAAUGCAAUUAAUGGACAAGGGAUCGACAGGCAUCUGCUUGGGCUAAAAAUGCAGAGUAUUGAAGAUCUGACCUCCAUGCCUGAGAUAUUUAUGGAUACAUCAUAUGCAGUAGCUCAUCAUUUUAAUCUCUAUACCAGCCAGGUUGGUUCCAAGACGGAUUGUGUGAUGUGUUUCGGUCCAAUGGUGCCAGAUGGCUACGGGGUGUGUUACAAUCCCAUGGAUGAGCAUAUCAACAUCGCCAUCACGGCCUUCAACAGCUGUGAGGAGACAAACGCUGCCAACUUCGCCCAGGCUGUAAAGAAAGCCUUGUUGGACAUGAGAGUUCUCCUGGAAGAAACAGCCGGGACCAGACAGUGAUCCCACACAUGAGCGUGGCGCGGCGCGUGUGCAUGAAGCUGAAACUGAAUCUUGUCGUUGCCAGCGUUGUUGGCCGAGCACCACGCUGGGAAAGGAGAACUAAGAGGAAACCUGUUACCAAAGGGUUUGUGGAAAACACAAAACGUGUGACUUUAAAUGCACUGCCUUUAAAAGCAGAAAUGCUCUAUGAUAGAUGUGUAUUUUGAAAUGUUGUUAAAGCGAUUGUAAUGUUGCAAAGAGUUUUUUGUGGUCUAUAUUUUAAAUGUCCCAUGUGGAUCCUAACAGAUCCUGGUUGCCUUUCCUUCUGUGUUUCUUUUUCAUCCCCCCACCAA